GGCCAUUAUUAUGGAUAUGUGCGCACUUGUUUUUCGUUCCGAGAAGCCGGCGAUAUUUUCCCUCUUGCUUUUAUUUUUCGCGCGUCAAGCACGACAAAAAAGAAGAAUAAGCAACCCGCCGGCGUCUGUGCAACUUGACCUGAAAGGAACGGCAGAAAAGAAAAAAAAAAGAUGGAAUGCCCGCCGCAGUCGAAGGCAAACGUCGAAGCCAGUUUAGUCGCCGCUGUGGUUCGGCCUCGCGAACAUGAAUGCCUGGGAGCUGAUCUUCCAGUUGGCUGUCCACUUGUCCCAGAGAGAAGAGUGUGCAGUCUCUGUCCAUAACAAGAUUCCACAACACACAUUGCAAGGGAAAUUUGCGAGUGAAAUAAUUGGCGGAAUACCUCUGCGAACGGCUUCAUCAUCACCUUGGAUGGUGGCAGUUGGCGAGAGAAGUGUCAACGGUUCUGUGGACUGGUACUGCGCAGGCGCAUUGAUACAGUCCAACAAGGUGCUAACAGCCGCCCACUGCGUUGUCCGAAGGAAACCUGAUGUGGUACGAGUUGGCGAGCUUGAUUUUGCAAGUGAACACGAGCCAUCUGCCCCAGCUGACCUGCCAGUGAGCUUCAUAUCGGUGCACCCAGAAUACUCGCCACCAGUAAAUUACAAUGACAUUGCCAUGCUCCACCUGGGACGUAAUGCCAGCUUUAGUAAAUAUGUGAGGCCAGUCUGCCUGCCUUCCGUUCUUCACUCUGUAAACACAGGACAAAGUGCCAUGCUUACUGGAUGGGGUCACCAGUUCUUCGGUGGAGAUUCAACCGACAUCCUUCAUGAAGUGUCUGUAACGAUUAUGAACAGCAGCAAGUGCAGUGCAUUAUAUUCACGAUCAGCUGCGUUACGCAGAAGCUAUCCACGUGGCAUCAUAGACUCACAGCUUUGUGCAGGUGAUGAACAAGGCGGGAAGGAUGCUUGUCAGGGUGACUCUGGUGGACCUCUAGUAGUGAAGCAGCCAGGCACAAGGACACACAUCCUUGUGGGCAUAGUUUCUUCUGGUGUUGGAUGUGGUUCUACGGCAUUUCCUGGCGUCUACACCAGGGUCAUUUCCUACCUACACUGGAUAAACAAUGAACUCCUAUUAAUGUGAAAAAAAAAAUUCAACCUCACAUCCAACAUGAUGUAAUUAAGAUCACUGUGUUAACAAUUAUUUUUUCAAUUAGAUGAGUCAAAAGCCACUAUUUUGUGUACCAGUAUAAAUAUCUACGUUCUUUGAAUGGUUAUUGUGAUGGGGAAGAUUGAUUCAGGAUGUAGUUUUGGACAUACAACAUUGCUGAUUACAAUGUAUGUUAUAAGAAACCUCAGUGACAAACAAGAAAGAUAAAUAUGCAAACAUACAGAUAUUUUAGAAAACUUUAAACAAAUUUAAAAAGGAAGCAUUUCAAAUACACAGUAAAAACUUUAUUUUGAUCAUCAUAUUUUACAGUGACAAGAAUGUAACAUGUUGAUUAAACAUAUAUAUAAACACUGACUUCUUGAGUGUCCACAUUAACAGUAAAACCACGACUUAAAAUUAUGAUGUUUAUACUUAUACAUGCUCGAUCAAAUUUUUGUCAUUUGAUGGAAAUGAUGACAGCUCCAUUCCUAAAGAACGCAAGGAAGGCCCUGGAUGAGUGAUUCUUGCACUGCCGAGACAUUCUUCCCCUCUAUAAAAUACUCCAUACUAUAAACAAAGAAAUCAGAAGUAUUACUAGGCUAUACUACAUUUAAUAAAUUAAUACAAAAUCUAAAACAUUUUGUUCUUAAUUUUAAAACCUAAUUUUUAAGCAAAUAUAUUUUACUAAAAUAUAUUGCAGCAGUGAUUAGUUGCAAAAAAUUCCUAUAUUGCAGUCUUAAAUUACAGGUAUUUAAAUAUACGUAUAACAAAAAUCAUUAAGAACAAGUUUUAACUUACUUUCUUGCUUUAUGUGAUUCUAUAAUAAAAUUGGCUAUCCAUAUAGAAUAUGUCUCCAAUUUGUACAUAUAGUGAAAAAUGUGGCUAAUAGAAGCUCAUCAAAGAUAAAUUAUUUCAAUGGACAAGAGGCUCAAGUUUCAAUGCUAACAAUGUUUAGAAAUUAAAAAAAAAAGUUCUGUCAAAGUGGUAUUCUGAAUUCAAAACAAUUGCUUGAGUCUGAAAAUGGCAAAUGUUUCUUGGUUUAAAAAGAAAUAACCUAGGUUUAAGUUAAUUUAAAGUCAGUAAAUUAGGUAAGAUGGUCUCAUCAUUAUGUAUAUACAAUAAAAUCUUGAUACAUCGGA